AUAACAUAUCAAUAAUAUCCUGGCCCCUAAUAUAUCCCCUAGAGCACUUUGUGGGAGAACAGCAGAACAGUUUCGGUUGAGACGAAACAGAGAGCAUUAGCACAUGAUUGAUGAGAAAAAUACCAGCUACUGAUAACCCAUCAGGUUACCUCGGUAGAGAAUUGUUUGGCCGUGUAGGUGCUUUAUAUUGAUAAGAAUCGAAUCUGUCUCUCCACAUCUAAGAGCUUGACAGAGAGGCAGCAGGUGGUCACUUUCUGGGUGUCCUGCUCUCAGCUGCUGGCUCAAGGGUUUAAGAGCUGUGCUCCCGUGCUGCUACAUAUUACCUGGGGUUUGAAGUCAUUCCCCAUACGUGUAGUGAUGUCAGUCGCAGACAGGAUGUGAGAACUGCAGCCCACGCUGCUUUGAGUGCACUGAGAUCCAAUCUUACCCGAACAGACUGUGCUUCCCUUUAGACGGCAGACGCAGACAGACAGUUUAGGCUGCUGCAGAAAUGUGGUCUUCAUUUGGGUGGCGGGGGGCCAAGGGCUUGCUGGAAAUGGUCUGCCUUGUUAGAAUUUGCCCGCAAGGGGCUGGAAAAUCUGCCCUGCUAACCAGUAUCCCCUAAUAAAGACAAUGGCAUGAGGACAGAGGCAGGCAGGCGGGUCGAGCAUAUCUUUAUAUGUGUGUCAGCGUGUGUGAGAAUGUGUAGGUUUGAGCGCAUACAUGUGUUUGUAUCUGUCAAACUGAGAGCAGGGGGUGGCAUAAGUUUUCCAUUUGUGCUGGUUGAGAUGUGUCUGAGAACCUAACUCCAAAAUGCAAAUAACUUUCUGUUUUCACUUUUGUGUAACAAGACACACUCUGUUGUUUUGACUUUUCCACACAAGUGUUCUUUUUACACAGGAGCAACACAGGAUUGGCCAAUUUUAACAGGUUGUCAGUAACUGACUGUAUUCCAUAUGUCAUGAUCAUGAUCACUCCACGAACAAACAGAAAGGCUACAAUGAAAUCACCUAAAGUGCGCCCUUACUCUGCAAUGGACGGCGUUCCCUUCUUCCUCAGCAGAGUUAAACACGAACCUCCAGAAGACCUGCUCGCUAACGACCUGCACUUCCACACACAGACCGAGCCUGUCGACUUGUCAAUCAACAAACCCCGCCCCUCCUCUUCAUCAACCACCCCUACCACCACCUCGUCAUCCUCCCCUCUCAGAUACGCUUUCUCCCCGUCUUCUUUAUCGUCGUCAUCCUCCUCCUCCUCCUCCUCUCCAUCGGUUAUCACCUCAGCCUCAUCGGUGCUAACCCCUGGAACCGGGCUGAGAGGUCAGCCGUAUUUGCACAUUCUGCACUCUGUGCCGCCACCUCCAUCCAGCCCAUUGAGCCUGCAGGGAGCGGGGAAGCUUGCCAGCCAUGUUCACCGCAUCCCAGUCGUGGUACAGUCACUACCACUCAUGUACACCACUGCCGUUCGAUCACCCUCCAGCCUCAACAACGCCAUCAUGCUACCUCUGCUGGACGAGGUGAAAAACCAUGGCAAAGCACACAUAGACCCCAACGGCCUGUCGCCAAGGCAGAUCAAGAGCGACAGCGAUGACGACGACCUGCCAAACGUGACCUUGGAUAGUGUUAAUGAGACCGGCUCCACUGCGCUGUCUAUAGCCCGCGCCGUACAAGAUUCCAUGUCCCCGUUCAGUAUUGACAGCAUACGGCGCCCCCGGAGGUCAGAGUCACCAGAUUCCAAAAAGAGAAGAAUUCACAGAUGUGACUUUGAGGGCUGCAAUAAGGUGUACACCAAAAGCUCACAUUUAAAAGCACACCGGAGGACACAUACAGGGGAAAAGCCAUACAAAUGCACCUGGGACGGCUGCACGUGGAAGUUUGCCCGCUCUGAUGAGCUGACGAGGCAUUACAGAAAACACACAGGGGUGAAGCCCUUCAAGUGUGCAGACUGUGACCGCAGCUUCUCCAGAUCUGACCACUUGGCCCUGCACCGACGGAGACACAUGCUGGUGUGAAUAAGAUGGAGAGAGAUAAAGAGAGAGAGAGAGAGAGAGAAAGAGAAAGAGAGAGAGAGAGAGAGAGAGAGAGAGAUCAAAAGAACAGACACACACAAACACAGGCAGCCGGGGGAGCGGGCUCUCCCUAUGAAUGUUUUUCAGCUGGCCUGGACGCACACACGUACACAUACAUAGACACACACACAGACACACACACACACACACACACACACACACACACUCUCUCUCUCAUCCGUCAUAAGGAGAGAAGAUGGAGAGGUGCACAAAGCUUGUGGAGCACAAAACAGGGUCACUUUUGGAUCCUCUUUGGGUUGGAAGGAAUAGACGGCAGGAUCUGUUAUUGUUAUUCUUUGGAGUAUAAUAGGGAACUGUCUUUUACAGCACUGUUUGUAAAUGUUUCACUUUGAUUUUUAAAGAUAAACUCACACUCUUUAUUUGGACAAAAAAAUAUAUAUAUAAUGCAGUCUGAUUUGUGACCAGCAGAGGACGGCAUUUAAUCACAGAUAGUUUCCUUUGCCUCCUGGCGCCUGCUGUUAUAGCCGAGGCAUCCCAUAUAGAAGCUCAAAGAGGGCUGGACUUUCACCUGUCUCGCAGCCAGCAAACGGCAAAUGACAUUAACUCAAAUAGCCACAGCCUGAAUGGAUUAACCUCAUCUACACGUCUACUUUUACAGAUAUUCAUUGCUUUAUUUCAAACAAUUUAAACUGGACAAGCACACCUUCACACCAGCAAAGAAACACACCGUUUAUGACCCACUCACAGGGCCGGACAACCCCAAAUCUCAUCAGUGCUAUUCUUUAUGUUGAGCCUCUUGAAAGCAUUUCUUUAAAAAAAAAUAUUUGGUGGAAUUUGUGCUGUGAUUAGCAAUCAGUAAAGUGCAAUCUUAAAGGAUAAAUAUACUUUCAGUAUGACAACGUUUUGUUUAUUGAAUCUUGCUUUUUUUCUUUUUAAAUGCCUGCUUAUUGCUUAUGUUUGACUCAGAAAAAUACAACCCCUCAUGUACAGUGAACUUUGAAACAAUCAGAGGAGAUUUCUAGUAUGUGAAAAAAAAUUAGAGGCACCUUACAGACUCAUGCUUUUUAUUCUGUCCCGAUUGAUCUUUUUUUUUUAUUAUUAUUAUUCAGCUCUGUUUUCUCAGCUGGGUUUGACAGUGAAAGGAACUUGCGUUGUGGUUUUGCACAACGGCACUUGAACCAUGAGCUGAAACUGACAUCAGCUGCAGUGUUACAGGGAUAGUGUGCUACCUGAUGUACAAUACAGAAGAGCAAUACAUACUGAACAAAUUGAUGAGAAGGAACGCCAACCUCCUCGUUGUUCUGUUUGCUGAUGUCAAUACAGGAGGAGAAGUUUCGAACUGGGCCAACUCCUCACUCUGUACCAUGACUCCCUCUGUUUGAUUGGUUCGUAGCUCCAGCACAAGGCUCCACUCUGAUGUGUCUCAGUUAGGGAGUUACUCUGAAUCAUUUUAUUUUGUUUUGUUUGUCUCGAAUACAGAAAGUCACUUGAAAUGUUUCACCUCAGACCAGAUAUAUGAUGUGAUUUACCUGAGAUUUGGCUACAUAUAAUGCUUAAAACAAUUGAGGAAUCACAUAUGCAUACAUACAAAGUACAUAGAAUUAAAACAAUACACAUGCAUGUACAGUACAUACAUGAAUUAAUUAUGUAAGUACAGUAAGACUACGUUUUAGAUGCAGUUCCUGGCAGAAAUAUUUUACCUCUUAGAGAACAUCACUUAACCUUAAUCAGGAAAUUUAAUUAAAAAGUUUUUUUAUAGUCAUAAUGACAGAUAUGUUUCCAAGUAUUUUCAGUACUCUUCAUGCUGUGUAAGACCUGCACACAUAAACUCAGAGCAUCAAGCCAUCCCAUAUUAUUUGAUAGUGCUGCUAAAUGCAUUUAUUGGACCGAAGCCAGUAAAAAGAAAUGGCAACCUUUUUGAUAAUAGCACCUUGAAAACCACUCACUCACACACUCAUGCACAUGUGCACACACACCUGCACACUUUGCAUUGAACAUCCUCACUUUCAGUAAAGUAGCCAAAUCCAGGAAGUCAUUUCCACACAUGCACCCAAUGUAUGUGAUACCCAUUUGAUGUAAUGGAGAAUGGUAAUGUAUGUUAUCAUUAUUUAUGUAUAUUCUUUGCACACAUGUCAUUAUGCCCAGUUGUAUUAUCAUUUUGGCAAAAGCAUAUCAGCACCUUGUUUGUUUAUUAGUAUGAUUUCAAAUUAUUUUAUUUCAGAUGUCAAUUUAUAAACAAUAAUCAUGAUCAUAUUUUAUCCUCCAUAUAAUGUAUAAGAGCAUUUUAUUAUUGAGGGGCCCUUCAUCUUUUCAUACAAGUCUUUUUCUUCUGUAAAAAGGAUCUUUUGAAAUGUUGUAAUAUAUGUGAUAGUGAAGAUAAAAGUUAUUACAAAGUUCUACAGCCUGUAUAUACAUUUGAAAAAUAGGGCUUUUGAUUAGUAGAUGCAGAAAAUACAUUUAUACAUGUAAAGUCUUUUUUCAGAGACUGUAAUUUAUCUAAUUUGAUAUACAGUGAAAUGGGGCUAAUGGUAUCCAUCAUGUAAAUUAUCAGAUGUGAUGUUAUAGAACAGUUUGCUUUCUUUGGUUUGUGGUUAAAUAAGUUCAUGAUCAAAUCAUUUUUAUUCCCAAGGCUGAAGUGUUUGCUAUAUUCAACAAGUUAUUUAUAUACAUUGACCAUAUUAAGGUACUCAAUUCCCUGUGUUGCUAUUUUGCUAUACCCGGACAAGAAAUUACAUGGAUCAAGCACAUAUCAACAACAUGUGUACUCUCGUAUUCAGUUAUGAAGUUGCAUGCCUUAAUACACCAGUUUUUGCUAGAUUCAAUUAGACUUGAAUAUGGUGUCUCCACAGGACAGAGUGUAUUAUAAUUCCCUUCAGCAUCGCUUUCCUCAUUUAAAAAGCAUAAUUUUGUUACGGUAACCAGGGUCAAAGUUAUGCAAUAAUAAUGAAUAGUGCCUCAUAUUGCAAACUUGUAAUAUCAACUGCUCUGUGCAGAGUUCGGAUUUCAACAUGUUUGUUCAAAUUAAUAAAUAUCCAAUGGGAAACCAUACAUUUUGAAGAAAAAAAAAGCACAGACAACAUUAUGCAAGUCGGACCUUUAAUGUUUAACUUUCUUUUUGCACUGAGCCUUAUGUCAUGUGUCAAAUGCAGCAUCCUCCCAUACCACUUUCACAGGCUGUUUAUAGCUUGUGUUAUUCCUUUGCUUGCAAUAAGUCACUUCCUCUAAGUUGGAACAAAAGUGAGUUACAAUGAUGUUUCAUACAAUGGUGUUCAUCACAGGAACUCAACAUGGAAUAUAAUGAGGAAUCUUGUGUCUGGCAUUCCGGCUGUAGAGCGACGUCUUUGUUAAUGAAUUCUGGUCAUACAAUUCUCUUCAGUUCAAUAUCUAUUUUACUUUCUGUGUAACAUCCGCUUUUGAUUUCCUGGUUUUGAAAAUUUAAGUAGUAAAGCCAAUGCCUAUGUUUCAAGUUUGCUGAUAUUACGUACAGUAAUCGUUGUUCCUGUAUUUAUGUAAAGUGAGUGUAGUGUAAAUAUAUUCUGAUCUUUUCAUUCUUACCGUUAAAAAAAAAAAAGUUGUGAUAUUGCUCAGCAUUGCUUCAAAAGGGAGAUUCUGCUCAUGGAAUUCCACAUCUGUAAAAGAAAUUUUUAAUCCUGAUAUUUUUCAAAACUUCGAGAACAGGUGUCCUUUUUUUCUGUUACGCUUUUUCUUUUCUUCAAGAGUUGUUUAAGUAUCCAGUCAGUGUUUUUGCCUUUUUCUCUGUAUUUUUCAUAUGGAUGGAGCUGUGAAAUUAAAAUAAGUUCAAACAUAUACAUGUAUAUUAAUAUGAAUGGAGGCAUGAAGGUUAAUAAAGUUGCAUUUUGUAUGUAACACA